GCAGCAAAAUAAAAAUAUCAUUUAAAUCCACUUGUUGCAAUUUUAAACAGUUGAUAUUAUAAAAAGGAGAAAGUAAAUAUGGCACGCUCAGAGUCUGAGGAGAAAAAGCAAAAGCGCAAAGGCAAGAAACGCAAGCACGAGAAAGCGAAAGGUCUCGAAAGUGAUGAGGAAAGCGCCGAGAAAAGUUUAAUUGUAGAGCGGAAGCAGGUGGAACCAGAACAGACCAAGGUCAAAGCACAAAAAAGGAAGCUGGGGAACGAGAACGCCGAUAUGGUUAAGGAGAAGCGAAACAAGCGGCGCCAAAGCAUGAGCGAAGAAGAAAACGAGGCUGAAAAUGAGCCGGAAAUGCCCACAGCGGAGCAGUUGCAAGAGGCGGCAAAGCCAGAGAACAGCAAAGCGAUCGUCACAGUACGUCAGAAGAAAAAGCAAAAACAUCAGCAGCGCAUCGAAGAGCAAAAGGAUCAAAAUGCCAACAAGGAUUCAAACCGCAAUGCAGAGUAUCUUCGGAAAUGGAAAGAGGCGCGCCAGGAGUGGAAGUUUAACAAACUACGUCAAGUCUCCAUACAACAAACCGUCUUCGAUGACCAGAAGCUGAGCGCAGAUGUAUGGCCCAUAGCGCUCGAGUAUCUGGCUGGAUCGAGUGGCGCUGCCAAGACGAACAUUACCAAACUAGCGGAGGCAGUCAUCGAGGAACUAGACAAUCAAUGCCAAACAUUGUCGGAGGAGGCGGAGCGACAGGCAAUUCUCGACUCAACGCGUUAUCAGCGGGCGCGAGAUCUGCUGCAGAGCUUCGACUGACUCUCUAAUUCUAAAUCCAAUAUCGUUGACAAGUUCGUUUUUGUUAAUGGUUGGCAAACGCCAACAAUUAUGUACUUUAUGAACUUCUUUCGAGUUCAAAUUACUUUAAUAUAGUGUUAAUUAA